CAUUUUAAAAGAAAAAUAUCUCAGACUUUGUAAGCUUCCUUGUCUUUUCCUCUAUUAUCUUUUUCCACAAAUCCAAGAAACAUUGGCAAUAUUGCUAUUAAAGGUUAAAACCAUUGGCUUAUCCCUGUACACAACAUUCAAACACAAACUCAGAAAUGAGUGAUUCAAAACCACAUGCAGUGUUAAUUCCAUAUCCAGUUCAAGGCCAUAUCAAUCCAUUAAUCAAACUAGCAAAACUUCUUCACCUUAGAGGCUUUCACAUAACAUUCGUCAACACCGAAUACAAUCACAAACGCUUGCUCAAAUCAAGAGGUCCAAAUGCCUUUGUUGGUUUCACUGAUUUUACCUUUGAGGCUAUACCAGAUGGUCUACCUUCAAACGAAGGCGAUGGUGAUGGUGAUGUUAGUCAAGACAUAUAUGCUCUUUGUGAAUCAAUCAGAAAGAACUUCCUACAACCUUUUCGCGAACUUAUUUCUAGACUUAAUGACUCUGCCACUUCUGGUCUUGUCCCUCCGGUUACGUGCAUAAUUGCUGAUAAUAGCAUGUCUUUUACCAUACAAGCUGGUGAAGAACUUUCAAUCCCUGUUGUUUUCUUUAGUCCAGCCAAUGCAUGUACAUUUUGGACUGGUUUUCACUUACUUACAUUGUUUGAUAAAGGUGUCAUACCACUAAAAGAUGAGAGUUAUCUGACAAACGGAUAUUUGGAUACUAAAGUGGACUGUAUUCAAGGAUUGCAGAACUUUCGACUGAAGGAUCUUCCCGGCUAUAUAAGGAUUACAGAUCCAAAUGAUUGCAUAGUACAAUUUACAAUUGAAGCAGCAGGAAGGGCUCACAGAGCCUCUGCUUUUAUUUUUAAUACUUCUAAUGAACUUGAAAAGGAUGUAAUGAAUGUUCUCUCCUCGACGUUCCCUAAUAUUUGUGCUAUUGGUCCUUUAUCUUCACUUUUAAGUCAAAGUCCACAAAAUCACUUGGCAAGUUUAAGUACCAAUCUUUGGAAAGAAGAUACCAAGUGUCUUGAUUGGCUUGAAUCCAAGGAACCGAAGUCCGUUGUUUAUGUGAAUUUUGGGAGCAUGACCGUUAUGACUGCAGAAAAACUAUUAGAGUUUGCUUGGGGUUUGGCGAAUAGCAAGCAACCCUUUUUGUGGAUCAUUAGGCCUGAUCUUGUCAUUGGCGGCUCAGUUGUUUUGUCAUCAGAGUUUGUGAAUGAAAUUUCAGAUAGAGGCCUAAUCGCGAGCUGGUGUCCUCAAGAGCAAGUAUUAAACCACCCUUCAAUUGGCGGAUUCUUGACUCAUUGUGGAUGGAACUCAACCACUGAAAGCAUAUGUGCUGGAGUGCCAAUGUUGUGUUGGCCAUUUUUCGCGGAUCAGCCAGCAAACUGCAGAUAUAUAUGCAAUGAAUGGGAAAUUGGGAUGGAAAUUGACACCAAUGUGAAGAGAGAUGAGGUAGAGAAGCUGGUCAAUGAAUUGAUGGUGGGAGAGAAAGGAAAGAAAAUGAGGCAAAAGGCAAUUGAGUUGAAGAAGAAGGCAGAGGAGGACACGAGACCAGGAGGUUGUUCAUAUAUGAACUUGGACAAAGUGAUCAAUGAGGUGCUGCUGAAACAAAAUCAAACUUAAAAAAAAAAAAAUUAUGCAAAGAGUUUCUUAUUGAAUUUAAGUGAUGAUGUAAAUGAACUGAUCUUCAGCAAGAGAUGGUAAACUUAAAAUAACGAUUCUUGCUUAUCUUGAAUGGUUUGAAUAUAUGCACAUUGGAUAAUUAUAUAGCAGGUAUAUUAACCCUACAUCUUUAAAUUUGUUAAGUUGGGGGAAGUAAGAGUCCUUUCACAGUAUCUUGAAUUCCAUUAUCAUUUGAAUGAUUCAUUUUGUCAAAAAAUAAUUUUUCCUAUGUAUUCCAGUUCAAAUCAA